AGGAGGGGUCCUCCUCAUAUCCGUCCAGUGGAACGUCCGAAGGAAGAUGGCAGACUAGCCAAGCUUCUCAAGCACGGAGAACAGCUACGCAAUGCGGAUCUUCAUCCUUCUGCUAAGGCGAAGCCGAAGCACAACAUCUUCCGGAUGGCGCCGACCAACGCCAAAGAGGAGGUGGACGACUGGGACGUCAGGUCCAAGGACAUCUUGGAGCCGGCCUUGACGGGCAAGUACAGCAUAGCCGACGGAGCAAACCAUUCUGGCAACGCGACGCAGCAGUUCACGAUAGAAGAGGCGAAGGAGGACUGCCACAUGCCAGAGGAGGGGGAGGCCUGCUACGUCGCCGUGCACUGGACCAGGACGGAGGGACUCCGGAAGCACCCCGAGUGGUUCACCGGCGUGAGGGAGCCGAAGAUGCU